AUGCUUUUAACAUGGUCGUCUUUUAAUAAUAUAAGAAUGCUUCUCAUGGCCUUUAUACCAGUAACAAUAUUUUAUUUAAUAUGGUUAGUUAAUACGUCAGAAAGAAUAAGAAGUGAAGAAGGAACGCUUUUGGACCUUAUAUGUUGGCCUGAUGGCAAUGCUAUUCCUGCUCUUAUAGCAUGUGGAGCAAUAAUUGCAAUUGUUAUUGAGCUUUACGGAUUAUACCAACUGUUCAAAACUGGCUUACCAAAGAAAGAAUACAAUGUAACUAGUGGCCUUUUCUAUUACAUUUGGGCGUUGAUUUGUAUAAUUAUAGCAUUUCUUGCAAUCAUGUUUUAUUCCGGUCUCCAGUCAACUAUUAUUAGAGCCAAAAUCAAAGGUGGAAUAACGAAGGCUAUGCUCCGAUACGCUAACCACUUGCCAUCCAAAGUUGCGAUAGACCGUUUACAGACACACUUCCACUGCUGUGGAAGAGAAAACUAUCAAGAAUGGUUCUAUAUACCUUGGGACACCGGAAAACUGAAAAUAGAAUCCAACAAUUUUUCAACUCGUAAGUAUGUGGCGGAUAACGUGCCUUACAGUUGUUGUUCAAUGGAUGUGAUGUGGCCUUGUAUUCAUCACGGGGUCACACAGAUGGGGACUAUUUACAAGUAUGAUCCUGCAAAGCAAUUAACCAUUUGGACUGAUGGCUGUGAAGAGAAGUUAAUAAAUGAAAUGACAUCGAUUUCUUGGAAGUUUAACGCAGUGAUGACUUUAAUAAUCUUAGCCAUGGGUCUACAAAUAAUAGCAGCGCGGUAUCUUCACACCGCAUAUAAUAAUGGCUUGCAUGUUGGUAAUAAGAUCAGAUGCUACGCUUACUUACUGCGUUCCGUGACAGAUACCGAGAUGGAAGAGGUGCCUAAAAGAAAAGAAUUUAAAAGGAGAAAGUUCCAUAAAGCAAGAACCUUGGAAUGGGUCAUGGCAAAAUAUAGACCAAAGAGUAAAUAUACCACAUCAUCGGGAUCAGAUUUUAAUAGUUCUGACGAAUUGUUAAAACCAAUAUACGAAUAAAUUAAAAAAAAUCGACUGAAAUAAAAUAUUUCUGUUUAG